GUCUCUCUCUCUCUCUCUCUCUCUCUCUCGCUGCAGCGUACCUUGCUCUUCCUCGUGGAUGUGGCCACCCAGCUGCUGCUGCUGCUCCAUCCAUCCGCACACCACACCACGUGACCCACUUCUCCCAUGUCCUUCAGCAUAGUUCAUUCAGCAUGAUGGCUGCGGAUGCUGCGGAUGCUCUCUGCAGCAUCCUCCUCCUCCUGCUGCAUCCGCGCCGACUCUCCAUCCUCCUCCUCACCGCCACCCUCUCCUCUCUGCCAGGUCCCGCGGCGCCGCUGCUCGGUGUCCGGCCAGAGGACACCGAGAGCGGGGAGCUGUCCGUGCAGGACGGGGUGAUAAGAGCCACCGAGGGCACUCGUUUCAUGCUGAGGGUUUACUACUCCGCAUCUGCAGCCGCGGUGCAUCCCAACAUCACCGGCAGACCUGACAGCGCUGCUGCAGCCCCGUGGAUUGCGUUCAUAGAGGAGGCAGGUGGGGAUGGCGCGGCAGCGGAGAGGCUGCUCCGGUUCAAAGGAAACCCGUGUGAAGAGGAGGCUGCCCGGAGCUCUGAUAUCGAGCUGCUGGGUUCUUUCAGGUCCACCUCAAGUCACAACUCCGUUUUGGUGGAGCUGCUCGCCAAAGACCUGCGCAGGGGCGAGCGGAUCAAAUACUACUCCAUGUGCGCGUUCGAUGGAGUGAAAUGGGAGCAUUUCAGCACCAAAGACUUUUGGCUGGCAGUGGUCGAGAGACCUCCAGAGGCGGAUGCUUGGCUACAGGCAGGUGUCUCCGUGCUCCUACUGGCGCUGUCUGCGCUCUGCAGCGGGCUGAACAUCAGCAUGCUCGCUCUGGACCCCGUGGAGCUGCGGGUCCUGCAGAACAGUGGCACAGAGAAGGAGCAGAAAUACGCACAGAAAAUAGAGUCGGUGCGUAAACAUGGCAACUACAUCCUCUGCACCGUGGUGCUGGGCAAUGUGCUGACAAACACGUGUUUUGUGGUGUGGAUGUGCCAGAUUCUAGGGAUGACUGCUCUCUCAACUGCCUUCUGCACUUUGGGGAUAUUCUUUAUUGGCGAGAUUUUGCCUCACUCCGUGGCGUCCAGGCACAGCCUCGCCAUCGCCUCCAAGACCCUCUGCGCCACCCGCCUGCUGAUGCUGGUGUUUUUCCCCAUCGCCUACCCAGUGUCAAAGAUUCUCGACAUCAUGUUGCACCAAGAGAUCAGCAACUUCUACACCAGAGAGAAGUUGGUGGCCAUGCUGCGCGUCACUGAUCCAUACCACGACCUGGUCAAAGAGGAGCUCAACAUCAUCCAGGGGGCUCUGGAGCUGAGGACCAAGACCGUGGAGGACGUGCUGACCCCGCUGUCAGACUGCUACAUGCUCUCCUCGGACGCCGUGCUAGAUUUCUGCACCAUGUCCGACGUCAUGCAGAGUGGCUUCACUCGGAUCCCGGUGUACGAGAACGAGCGUUCCAACAUCGUGGACAUCCUGUUCGUGAAGGACUUGGCCUUCGUGGACCCCGACGACUGCACCCCACUGAAAACCAUCACCCAGUUUUACAAGCACCCCAUGCACUGCGUGUUCAACGACACCAAACUAGAUGUGAUGCUGGAGGAAUUUAAAAGAGGUAAAUCGCAUCUGGCUGUGGUGCAGAGGGUAAACAGCGAGGGCGUGGGAGACCCCUUCUACGAAAUGAUGGGCAUCGUCACUCUGGAGGACGUCAUCGAAGAGAUCAUCAAGUCUGAGAUCGUGGAUGAGACAGACCUGUACACUGAUAAUCGCACUAAAAGGCGAGUGUCCCACCAUGAGAGGAAACAACAGGAUUUUUCUAUCUUCAAACAGGGAGAGAAUGAGCUGAAGGUGAAGGUUUCACCCCAGCUGCUGCUUGCAACACACCGCUUCUUGGCUACAGAAGUGGAGCCUUUUAGGCCGUGUCACCUGUCAGAGAAGAUCCUGCUGCGUCUCAUCAGGCAUCCCAGUGUUGUGCAGGAGCUGAAGUUCAACCCCAAGAACAAACACUCCUCUCAGCACUACCUCUUCCAGAGGAACAAACCUGUCGACUACUUUGUCCUCAUCCUGCAGGGACGUGUGGAGGUAGAGAUCGGCAAGGAGGCGCUCCGCUUUGAAAACGGAGCAUUUUCCUAUUAUGGGAUGCCAGCACUCAUCCCAUUAAUGCCUAUUGGUCGCAGGUACAGUUCCCGCAGCAGUGGCCUGAACCAAUCAGAUUCCUUACUGAGUGGGGGCAGCAUGGGUCAACUCACCGCAGGAGGAGGCAUCUACUUACCAGACUACACAGUUCGACAGCUCACAGACCUGCAGAUCAUCAAGAUCACCAGGAACCACUACCAGAACGCCCUCAUGGCCACCAGGAUGGACGGCUCCCCUCAGACGCCGCCGGACACAGUGGAUCCUGACUCUAAAGGGAGAGCCGCGGUCCCAGAAGCUCGCUCGCACAGCAUCGCCCUCCCGCUCACGCAUACACACACUCGGCUGGGGCUGGCACGCCUCGCACAUCUGCAUCCCUACGGCGGCCUUCGCAGCACCUCCCAGCUUAAUCAAAGAAAUCGAAUUGUUCGCAGUAAAUCUGACGGACAGCGGAGUCCAAAUGACACCGUGUUCCUCCGCAUGGAUGAGAUUCCCUACAUCCACGAGGACAGACCGGAGAGUUAUGGGGAAAAUGAUGUGCCUACAGAGUUCCAGCCAUCCACCUCUCCCCUCAUCAGCUCCGCGUCUCUGUCCAGCUCUGAAGAAAACAUUGGAAAGAAGCUCCUGCGGAAACUGAGUAACAAGAGGAGGAAAAAGUCUCGGGACGGAGAAAAUAGUUUGGAGGAAGGCUCCGAGAAAGCGCUAGUGACAAGCUAGCACAGUGGCACAGAGGAAGAGGGAUGAAGACCUUCCUCCUAAUCAACAUCACCCGCUAAACAUCCUCACGACAUAACAAAGCCUUCAUCAUCUCCCAGGAGACGGGACCUGUCCGCUGCUGUAGCCACUGAUAAUUCUCAGGUCCACACUCUCCAACUGAUGAGUCCGACUUCUCAUCUUUUAAAAUGACAAUUUGGAUAAAUCUCAACAACUUUGUAUUUGGGCUUGUGUGGCCUUACACCAGACUGUAUGGAUCCCAGUGUGUUCUACAGUUAAUGAGGCUUCAAUUUAUAAUGUCACCACACAAUCAUCACAUUUAUGAGUAUUUUAAUAACUAUCGAUGCGAUCAAGCCCAACCUGGGCAAGCUUUCGUAUUUUACUUGAACAACGAAUCGAGGUUGUAUUCAGAAAUAUGUAUUGUUUAUCAUUACGAGGGAGUUGUCAAAUACUAAAAUGUGGUCUGUAUGAAUUUCUGCCACUGAAUGCCAAAAUAACUCAACACACUAACACAGUCAUUCUUAACUCAAUAACUUCUCAGUUUGGAUGACUGCUUGUUGCAUACAGUAAAAUCUUAAUUUGAAAUAGUAAUUUAAAGACAGCAAUAUAAGGCAUCAGUAAAGGCCUUGGACUCAUCACCACAUUUGUACACAUUGUACUGUACACAGACAAGACUGGAGAGGGCUGGGACCAAAAUAACUGCGCAGAUAUCCAGUCCAAAAAAUAAAAUAAAACAACAUGAACAAAGCAGGUGCAAGAGGGAACAGCAGGUAUCAGGUCCUGAAAGUAACAAAGAGGACUGGGAGACUGGAACCACAGGGGAGGCUGGGAUAAUUGGACACAGGUGAAACACACCAAAGUGGGACAGACAGUGGGACAGAAGGAUGUAGGAUACCCAACAACAACAACAAAAAAGGACAGUUUUAAAAAGUCUAAAAAUCCAUAUAGUCAUUUGUAGAGGUUCCCAUAUCAGCAGAUCGUGACACAUGUGGGUUUUCUUCAUGUUAUUGCUUGUUUCCUGUUAAUUUAAAAAAAUCACACCUUUCUUUGUGCAUAUGUAGCUGCAUGGACACAGUUUCAGCGUUUUCUCGUCCACCUGUUCUGUUGAAGUUGAUCUUUUGACAUGCAAGCAAUUCAUUAUCACAUUUCACUGUCAACUGUCUACCAUUGGCUAUUACAUCUGCCACUUUUCGGUGUACAACUCAGCCCUUUACACCGUUACAAAAUAAGAUAAGAGUUUGAGGGGUUUUUUUAAUCUCUGGGAUUAGGGGUACAAAUCAAUAAGUCGUUGCUACUUGCAUGUUUGUUUAAGCUGCUUUUACCUUAGAGGUUGUAAAACUCGCUGUUUUUCUAUGUGCAUGCUUAGGUAAAAUGGAUGCAUGAAUAGGAUGAUAGCAUUUCACCCCACCAGAAAUGUGACAAAUCUUAGUCUCCUAUAGGUCUUAUAGCGACACAAUGUAGGAUUUCAACCUUCAAAUAAUGUCUCCAAGAUUAUUUUAAUGUCAACUUCCAACAGGGUGAAUGGCACCUCUGUCAAAGUCUGAGCAGGUCUGCAUCACAUGCACAGACACAAAAAAACAAAAACAUUCUACUUUACAGCAUUUUCUGGGGUUAGUUUUUGUUUUUAUAUAUAUUAAAAAAUAAAACAGUAUAAUCAUAUUUUGUAUCAAAUGCUAUAGGAUAGGCUACUGUAUGUGGACUGAAGACAUGGUUGUUUUUAUAUUACAAGUCCCGCUACAGAGUUCACCUUCAACCAUCACUGUCAACAACUGAGAGCAAAUCCUACAUUGUGUUACUUUAAUUUAACCUCACAAAGUGUUUAAGUGAGUUAAAGGUCCUGUGUGCACAUACACUGUGUGUAGAAACAUGGCAACACAAGCUGGCCCCUGCCUAAAGUAGAUGAUGAUGUGAUUUCACUGUAUGAGAACAUAGUUACGGGUAGUCAGCUAUAUCAAAGUUACACACUGGACAUUUAAAGAAAGAGUGAAGCUCCAAUUUAAAGUAUUUGUUUUAAAGAAAUUAUUUUUAACACAGGUUUGGGGAACUGUACAUAGUGAGGGGGACGAAUGGAUGGAUGACGCCAUAGAACACAGAGAAAACGUCAAAGCCAUUUUUGUAGAAAUCAAAUCGCAAUAAUGAACGGAUUUGCUGGGUCCUUUACGGUGACGUAAUAAUGUGAUCAUUUAUGACAGGCAACUCUGAGAGCACAAGCUGAACUGAGCUUAUCUGUGUUGGGUACGAGAGCGGAAAGCCAUAUAUGACGCACACGGUCGUCAAGCAAAAACACACACAACGCACAAGUAGACACACACACCGGUGGUGUUUGGGGACACUGAGAUCAUUUGUUCUGCCUGCUAAGGCUGAAGUACAAAGGAUACUGCACUCCUGAGUUACUCACAUUGACCCCUCUCUGUAUACACAGAACACACGAGGGGAAGUCUUCUGAUCUGACCACGGACACAGAGCGAGAUGACUUGUGGGAAUCAGAAACACUCGCAGCUGAAUGCUUUCACAGAUUUUGCAGUUGGGUUUACACAGAUUUAUAUUUAUAGCUGCAAGGACCGAUGUCAAGUUUGUUGUGUAUCAACAUACAUUUUUGUAAUAUAAAAAUUCAGAUGAAUAUAGAAGUUACCCAAAGAUAUUGAGAGAACAGAACCUAUGCUCGACGGGAGGGAAGAUUUAAUUAUUAAUAAAUUGACUAUAAACUAUA